GAUCUCUGGUCCGACUUCGCAACGCGACCAUCAAAACCAGACCAUCACAUUCCCUUCACUCUUUCUUUCUCUGACUUCAAAAAUUAAUACCUGACAAUGGCUCCAGCUGCGAUCGAUAUCAGCACUGAGGGCGUGGAUCCCACCGUCCUUGCACUGCGCAAGACCCUCACUAACGAAUCUGAGCCCCUCGCUCGCCGCUUCCGCGCCCUUUUCUCGCUGAAGCACCUUGCCUGUCUGCAGCCGCCGAACGAGAAGACUGUGCCAGCUAUUCAGGCGAUCGCUGCUGGCUUUGCCUCUUCUUCGGAACUUUUGAAGCAUGAGCUCGCAUACUGUCUUGGCCAGUCGAAGAACCGCAACUCUGUCUCCUACCUUGAACAUGUCCUCAAAGACCCCCAGGAGGAUACGAUGUGCCGGCACGAAGCCGCGGAAGCUCUGGGAGCGUUGGGCUAUGAGGACAGUUUGGACCUACUGAAGAAGCUACGAGAUGACAGCAAUGAGUCGGACGUGAUCAGGGAGACCUGCGACAUUGCUGUUGACAGGAUUCUCUGGGAGAAUUCCGAGGAAAGAAAGGCCGAGAAAUUGAAGCAGAGUGACUUCGCUUCUAUUGAUCCUGCUCCACCGCUCCCGCUGGCAUCCAAGGAGCCCUCCAUCCCUGAACUCGAGGCGACACUACUCGACACGAAACUUCCUCUUUUCAAGAGAUACCGCGCUAUGUUCGCCCUUCGCGACCUUGCGUCCCCUCCAGAUCUGCCCACCGCUGUUCCUGCUAUUCACGCCCUCGCGAAGGGACUGCAGGACCCUUCUGCACUGUUCCGUCACGAAAUCGCAUUCGUCUUCGGACAGCUCUGCCAUCCAGCUUCGAUCCCAAGUCUAACAGCUACACUGAGCAACCAGGAGGAGGUUGGUAUGGUCAGACACGAAGCCGCUGAAGCGCUCGGAAGCUUGGGCGACGAAGAAGGCGUUGAAGAAACCCUGAGAAAGUUCCUGAAUGAUCCGGAGCAGGUCGUGAGGGAUAGUAUCGUCGUCGCUCUCGACAUGGCAGAAUACGAGAAGAAUGGAGAGAUCGAGUAUGCGCUUCUACCCGAUACAGCGGUGCCAGCCGCCUGAGUUUGUCGCAAAAUUUCCGGCGUUUGGUGUUGAUGAUCGGUUUCCGCUCCCCUUAGCUUGUAAAAGCUGGUUUGAUUACGUAUAUAAAAAGUAUUCCGUUCAGUUUUGUACAGUUUCCCUGGAGAGUAUAUUAGUACUGCGGAAUCCAAGAGCAAUUCAAUAUGGCUGGCAUACUUGUAACCGCAAACACAGGAGU